AUGUAUUCGUUGGUGGCUGCUGCCAAGUCUGCAGUAAUUUCUGCGGUCUUGGGCUGCCAUGAGAAAUCUGCCCUCUGGUCUUUGUCAUCACAGAUUCAGGAAAUGCGCUAUGAAGAAUUGAAGAAAACCAUACUUGGUGAGGAGUCUGGAGAGGAAGAAGGUUCUGAUGAUGCAGUUUCAGAUGCCCUUCCCUGGCAGCAUGUGCUAGGCAAUAUACAAUUCACUGAAGAGGACACCACUUCAUCUUCUCGUUUUUUUAUCAACUUCCUUUUCGUGGAAUUGUCGGAGUAUCUUGGCAUCCGUUUGCUAAACCAGCGGCUCAAAGAUCCUGCAUUGCAGGACUCUCAUGAUUCUAUUUUCCCAAAGGAUAAUCCCAAGAACACCAGCUUUGCCAUUAACUUUUUCACAUCCAUUGGUCUUAGUGGCAUCACUGAGAAGCGGCGUGACUACUUGAAGCAGAUGCCACGACUAUGCAAUAACAAAAACCGGUGUCAGACUCAGAAUCAGAUGAUGAAGAAAAUGAGAGUCGUUCUGGUUCAUCUGAGUCAGACACAACAAGUCCUGAGUCUGAUGAAAAUGAAAGCGAUAGGGACGAAAGACACAAGAAGCGCAGAAGGAGAAAAAAGCUACAGGGAUGAAAGAGACGGGAAGCGUAGGACGAGAGUGAUGGCUACAGUGUUGAUACGUUCUUUCUUUCCGCGAACAACAACGCUUGCUUUGCUUUUAGGUUCUCUGUUCAAGAGAGCCUGUUCUGAUGGUAUAUUAGUCUUAGUUCAGGCUCAUCACUUCUGA